UAUGACGUUGCAUUUGGUCAGGGCCUGGUAGGCCCGUUUAGAGGUGACCUAGCACCUCGCGCUUCUCUACUUCCGUUCGGUUUUUCUCCGUUAAUUGUUUGCUAUUUUCCACUCUAGACCUUGCAGCCUGCUCUUUCCCUCCUGUCUCUUUCGUUGCUUUCGACCGCCCCAACUGUAAACCACCAAAGACGGCCCGCUGUCGUAUAUGCUCGGCCCUACCGGUCAAUGUCACCAACAACCACAGCAACCAUAGCCUUAAACCGCAGCAGCCAGGCGACACACAAGCCGAGUUGGCAUUUACUAGACAGGCCAGGCAGCACCUCUGUGGACCCCCUCCCGCCGAUGAGCAGCCAUUUCUACGGGAAUCCAUGGGGAGCCCAGACCUUCACGGAGCCCGCGUACUCUACGCCAUCACUGACGCAACUAUCGCCUAGCCGGGCAGCACGUCGUGUUCGCGCAGCAAAUGACCCGCUGGUAUCGCCGUCGCGGGCACAUAUAAACGAGUUUGAGCUGGCGACCCGGAAACGAGCAUUGAAAGACAUGCUGGAAUGUAUUGACGACGCCAUCUCGACACCGCUGCCGCAUAAUGAUAUACAUAUGGCGCGGGUGCGUGCAGAUACAGAUAUAACAGUUCCGGAGGGCCCGCUGGUUGAAGGGCCGAGCCAUGAUAGUCCACGGCAAAAAGGCGCGGGCUUGGCAAUUAGCCUGCCCAAAGACGGUGGCGUGCUGCCAUUGCAGAUCCACAGGGUGCCUGGGCGGCCAUCGGCAGAUGGCUUGCCAGGGCUUUCGUACGGAAAGAGCAUAUUGUCGGUUUCUGAAGGCAGUACUGUGGCCAUAUGUCUGUGCCAAGCCAGCAGCUGCGCACUAUCAAAACUGUGAAGCACCUGGUCUCCAGUAACGAUACGCUUGAGGGGAUUUCGAUCUUGUAUGGCGUCUCGUAGGUCUCGAAUCUGAAACGGCUCAAUCGC